AUGAUCCCACAGCCAGCAGGAUCUCCGUGUGUCCAGACUGUAGAGGUCCUCGUGUCCUUGUCACCAGGAUGCUUAUGUCACUUAGAUCCUCUGGCUCUGGAAGACACUGCUGACAGCCCAGAAAGUGAAAACAGGAUACCAGAGUUUUUAUCAUCUCUGCUCCAACCUACACAAGGAACUAUUCUUCCUGCUCCAAAUUUUAACCCUGUAAUGGAUGCCCAGUUGCUAGGAGGAGCUCUACAGGGAAUUAGUUGUGAAAAGGACGUGUUGAUUGAAAUCCUUACUCAGCGUUGCAACUCCCAGCGGCUCAUGAUCGCCGAGGCAUACAGAGACAUGUAUGGCAGGGAUCUGAUAACAGACCUAAAAGAGAAUCUCUCUCAUCACUUUAAAGAAGUUAUGGUUGGCUUGAUGUAUCCACCUCCAUCUUAUGAUGCCCAUGAGCUUUGGCAUGCCUUGAAGGGAGUCGACACAGAAGAAAAAUGUCUAAUUGACAUAUUAGCCUCAAGAUCAAAUAUGGAGAUCUUCCAGAUGAAAGAAGCCUACCUAAUGCAAUAUAAUUCUGAUCUUCAACAAGAUAUCGAUUCUGAGACUUCAGGUCACUUCAGAGAUACACUCAUGAACCUUGCUCAGGGAACAAGGAUGGAAGGAUAUGCAGACCCUUCUACGGCUGCUCAGGAUGCAAUGAUUCUAUGGGAAGCGUGCCAGCAGAAGACAGGCGAACACAAAAACAUGCUUCAAAUGAUUCUCUGCAACAGGAGUCAGCAACAGCUGUGGAUGGUUUUCCAGGAGUUCCAAAAUAUCUCUGGGCAAGACAUAGUAGAUGCCAUCAAUGAAUGUUACGAUGGAUACUUUCAAGAAUUACUGGUUGCAAUAGUUCUCUGCAUUCGUGACAAGCCUUCCUACUUUGCUUACAGGCUUUAUAAUGCAAUUCAUGAUUUUGGGUUUCACAAUAAAACAGUUAUUAGGAUUCUCAUUGCCAGGAGUGAGAUAGACUUGAUGAACAUACGCCAGCGUUACAAAGAGAGAUAUGGAAAAUCACUCUUCCAUGACAUUAAACAUUUUGCUUCAGGGCAUUAUGAGAGUGCUUUACUUGCUAUCUGUGCUGGUGAUACAGAAGAUUAUUAA